AUGAUUUAUACGAAAUCAUUUCUCAUACUUAUUUUGAAAUUGGAAGAAUUUAUAAAAAGGUUUGCAGCAUCUUCAGAUAUCACCAAAGGAGAAAAGCCAUAUGUCUGUGAUGUCUGCGGUAAAUCAUUCGCUGUUAAUAGUUCCUUAACUAGACACAAACUUAUUCAUACAAUGGAAGACUCAUACCAUUCUGAUAAACCAUUCUCCCGCGGUGACAGAACCAAACUUUAUCACUGUGAUGUCUAUGGUGAAUCAUCUGCUGGACCUGGUCACUUAACUAAACUCAAGCAUAUUCAUACAGGGGUGAAAGAAUAUUGUGACAUCCGUGGUGUUCAUGAGAUAAAUCUUUAUCUCAUGAAUUACAUUAACUACUCACAAACACUCACACAAGGGAAAAACGUUAUCACUGAGAUCUGUGAUGAAUCCUUCACUGAAACUGAUCAAUUUACUAAAGUAAAGCUCAUUUAUAUAGGACUGAAGCUACAUCAUUGUGAUAUCUGUGGUAAAUCAUUCUCGAUAGGAGUAUUUUGA